CCCGUCUCUAGGUAACGAGACGGGAGGGGGGCUAAACAGCGCGGCGGCGCGAGGCCGUUCAAGGCGGUGGCCUCGCCUCUCUGACCCUCUGACCCUCCCAAGCUGAGGAACGAUGGCCUUGCCGGCGCUACCGGGAAACAACUUCAACCGCGAUGUGGGAAAGGAGAAAUUCCACAAAACCCACCAUUGGGACUUUUGCAACAAUGUUCCUCUGCUGCUCAGUGAAGCAACACCUGGAUUAGGUGGAGACUCACGUCGUCUUCAGAAGCUGAAGCCUAAAUACACUGCUUAUCCUAAAGGAGACGGAAGCAAUGAACCAUCCUGGGCAGCUUUUGAUAAACAGGUAUUAUGUUUUGAUGCCUACUGGGAAAAUGAAGUGGUUGAUAGAAGCCAUGAAAACUACAUAAUAAGAUACUUUAAAAUCUACUUCUACCCUGAAGAUGACACAAUCCAAGUCAAUGAACCAAAAGUGAAAAAUAGUGGAAUGCUUCAAGGGGUCUUUUUCCGGCGUCAUCGGAUCCCACUCCCACCUCCUAAUGAUGAUCAGUUUUAUACUGUAUACCAUUUUAACAUCAACAUAGAAAUUGUCUUCUAUGGCUGGAAAUUCAAGAUUUAUAACUGUGAUUCAUUCACUGGAAACUUUUUGAAAAAAGUGGGAAUCAAAUUAAAUCCUCCAGGACAAUGUCCAGAAGAUCCUUACAUAAGGACACGGAAAGAGACGGUGGAAUGCAUGCAGCCCUUACGUCCCUAUGAGCCCUAUGACACUCUGAGACAGUUCCUCCUGAAUGAUAAGAGAGUUUUGCAUUUCUUCUGCCUGUGGGAUGACACAGAAUCAAUGUUUGGGGACCGUAAAGAACUUGUCCUGCAUUACUUCCUGACUGAUGAUACCAUUGAAAUCAGAGAGGUGUCACCCCGUAACCCAAACCGGGAUUGUUCGAACUUGUUCCUCCGAAGGAAUAAGCUACCCAAGUUUGGCCCACCUGGAGUCUGUCAACCAGGCCAGAUCACAGAUCGGAUAGUUCUCAACAUGUAUGGUAACUUGUCAGAGAUAAGUAACUUGUUGAACAACCGAGGUCCUGGUUACAUAAUGGAUAAGUGCCAGCCAGCAAAAGUAGACCAAGAGUUUUACAAAGAUUCUGACCUGAUUGUAGGAUCUACCAUCAAUGUGUGGGGAAGGAAUGUGCUUCUUUGUGAUUGUGAUGAAUUUACGAAGUUUUAUUAUAGAACUAAAUAUGGAAUUGAAGAGUUUGCUUCGGUUUCAUGCAAGCCUCCCCCUGCUCCAAAAAUAGAGAGGAAAUAUCCACCUUACACCGGCUUUGGUUCUGAAGAGGAUUCGCUCCGUUCUUGCAUAGGUCUCAUACCAACACCUCCUCGGAAGAACUUCUUGAAGUCAAUGGAAGGAGACAGCUAUGGCAACAUAAGCAAUACACUCCGGUUUUUUGCAAAGCUAGAGACAGACAGAAUUCCUGAAGAUGAUAGGAUAUUUGUUCUUGCAUAUUAUCUCGGUGAUGACACCAUUUCAGUGUUUGAACCUUUAGAGAGGAAUUCAGGGUUUACUGGUGGAAUGUUCUUGAAAAGAAGUCGUGUUAAGAAGCCUGGACAGGAAGUCUUUAAAAGUGAACCAUCAGUUUACAUCAAGUCUGAGGAGCUGUAUAUUGGCGUCACAGUGAAUGUGAAUGGCUACCUAUUUAAGUUGCUCAAUGCUGAUGAGUUCACCUUAAAGUACAUGGAGAAGAAUUCAGAUAGGUUUCCUUAUAGCAACCUUGAAUUGGCUCUUAAAAAGAUGAAAGAACUAGAACCGAGGUCCAAAGAGAUCAAGCAGGUAUUUGCAGCUGCUGACUCUGAUCACACAAAGGUGGUGGAGUUUAAUACAUUUAGAGACUUGCUGUUACAUAUGAAUGUCAAAAAUCUCACAGAGCAGGAUAUUAUAACCAUUGCACGUCACUACCGUGCGCCUGAUGAACCAUGUCCACAACUGAGUAUCUUAAUAGCAAAGGCCCAUGACCGGCUCAAGAAAAGCCUCUAUGAAAAUUUUGACACGCUCAUUUUACGUUGUAUGUGUGAAGAUCGAGAACAAAAACAUGUAUUGCCUACCAAAGACAUCAGGAGGCUGUGCAAAGCCUCCAGGCUACCACUGAAGGGAGAUCUUCUGGAAUCCCUACUGGCCAAGUUUGAAGACAGUGACAAACAAAUAAAUUACAAGACAUUUUUCACAAUCCUAAACUGGAGAUUGACUCCAAUGCCUAAUUUGACAGCAGAAUCAUUUCUUAAAGAGGUAUGUGAAGAUAUUUGGUUCGGGAUGCCAUCACCCAUUCCUGCAAAAUACAUUCAGUACUUAACCUUUUUGAAGGACGUGUUUGGCUUAGAUGAAUAAUCAUGGCCAUUUUGGCCACAUCUCUUUCAUUUACUGCUCUAAUUUUGCCGAGUAAAUUUUCAUAGAUAUAAUUUCAUUCUAGAAACAAAGAAGCCAUAUUCAUGCUGAAUGGAAAUCCAUAAACCACAAUUAAUCUUCUUUUGUCACUUUAGUCUUUCAGAACAUCCUAUUAUAUUGCUGAUGUGCCAGCACUAUUAACAAUGCCAUUCAGUGUUGAAUAUUUUAUUAUAUAUGAUUUAUUAAUACCAAAAAAUCUUAUGAUAAUUUUCCAUCCGGCAUAAUUUGAUUCACUACAAUACAAAAAGAAAUUGACUCUUAAUGGCCAUACCCAGCAAUAUAAAAACAAAUUACAUCAGAGCA